UGCAGUGGUUCGCAAACCAGGAUCAGUUUGCAAAGUAACGUUACAUAAUCAUUAGUUAGUUACACAUGCAGAGGACUUACAGCGGCAGCGUGAAGUUGCUGGUAGUUGUUGCGUGCGAUCUCGCGCUGGAGUCUUGUGCUCUUUCUUUGCGCCCUCGGUGACGAUGGAUGAACACAGUCCAACUGCAGCUGGCACUGCUGCUGCUGCUGUCCAGACCGUGGACCAAACAAGGGCUGUCGCGCAAUGUUGCCCCACCAGCAGCCUUUCGUCGCGGCUGUGCGUAGCAGUCGCUCCUUCCCCAGCUGCUACUCCGCCGAGCAAGCCUCAAAGUUUAGCAGCGUCCACGGCAGCAACAGUUACCUCGCAGGAAAGCGAGGAGGCAGCGCUCUCGUCGACGCAGUUCCCGGAGGUGGUUGAGCUGAAUGUCGGCGGUCACUUCUUCACGACGCGUCUGUCCACGUUGCGCAAGGACGCCGACAGCAUGCUGGCGGCCAUGUUCAGUGGACGUCACCGCGUCGAUCGCGACUCGGGCGGUCGAUACUUCAUCGACCGCGACGGCGGCGAGUGCUUUGCGCCGAUUCUCAACUACCUGCGGCAUGGCGAACUGCCGCGCGUCGAGAGGGCCCUGGACGUGUACCGUGAAGCGCUCUACUACAACCUCAGCGGGCUGAUCAGCUGGUGCGAAACGCAGCCGAACGUCAUCGCCGAAAUGAUGUUCAAGCAUGCGCGUGAGUGGCUUGGCCCGGCGUAUGAGGGUUUCAAGAACAAGCUGCUGGAGUCGGCCCGUAAGCGCUUCACCACCAGUCCGGAGGCGUUUCUCGACGACAAAACCGGCUACUUUGACCUGACGUUCGCCUUCACACGGCCCGACAGGCUCCGGCCCAGGACGAGCGACGACUAUCGCCAGGACGCAUCGGCGUGCACCAAUCAUGUGUUUGGACAGGAGCCCGCGACGCUCAAGUACGACGCCGUUCUGCCGCCCGGCCUGGACUUUGACAUGACGCUGAACUUCCUGCGGCGUGACUUCCACGAGGCCGGCCUGACCACCGAGUGGUCACCGGUCUAUAGCGAUAAGAAGAGCACGUGCACCCUGUGCCACAUGCGCAUCUAUUUUGUCUACUUCCGCGUCGUCCUCUGGCACUGGGUUACUGCACCACUGGCUUCCCCGGCUGCAACAUCCGUAUGACGACAAGCUAGCCCCCGACGGCAUCAGCAGCAUGUGUCCGCGUCGUGACGACGAGCAAGCUGAGAAGGCGACGAACUCAAGGCAAGGCAACAGCCGUAGCUGCAUGGUGCACACACGAUCAGACUGUGCUCGCGUGCAAUCGAGUUGUCAUGCAUGUAUAGCACGGUGGCGUAUUCAGUUACUGGUACAUUGCAGUACGCGGCCAGUGUUUCAUCAUGCUCUUCAAACUGACGUUACUCUCCUCUCCCCCCCCCCCCCCCCCCCCCCCCACACACACACACACUGUGACACGUACAAGUCACAGGCUUGCCACAUCUGCUGCAAAGGUACGUCAACCUAUUUCGAGUAUGCCUGUUCAAAGUUACGGUAUAUUUUUGCUGGAACUAGCUGAACUAGCUGUUUCCAUUGCUUUCACUUUACUAUAAUAUUCUAUGGUUCAAUCCUGCUAUUUCCUAUUUUGGCCACAGGCCUCUCAAUGCUGGGGACUUGUGGCACGUCAAGUCUAUUUUGAGAUGAGAAGAAGCUGGGAUCAGGGAGUAGUAAAAUACCUACUCCCUGGCUGCGAUACUUGAAAAUCAGGAAUACAGAGCAUGAAUUGCUCUGCAUCA